CCCAUGAUUUUACAGUACUCUCGUGAUGGUUAUCAUGAUUAUCAUGAUUAUCAAUAUGAUUUGAUCCAUCCCUUUCUCCCAUAGGCAGACAAAGUUUCACCCAUGAGCUCAUCUUUCCCAUCAUGCUGAUCCCUGCGCGAUAGGCAUGCGCAUAAUACCGAGGUCGAUCCCCAAGCGAACUGGGGCGCCUCGCCGAUCGGCAGAGUCCACAUGGAGCCGGCAUCCUUAUACUUAUUGCAGUAGUCCCUAGUAUUAAUUGAUUUUGGGCUGGGAGUUCACUUUCGAAAGUGGAAUCUUUUCUCCCCCAGACUUUUUCCCUCUUUCAAUCCUCCGACAAUCACAUCGAAUCGUCGGUGGUUUUCUUCCCAAUAUCGGUAUACCCUCCGAUCGAGUGAUUCCUUCGUCUAUCCUAUCCUCGCAUCGAGUCGCCUGCAGUGAUGGCGGCCGGGGAUAGUCUUCCGGCCCUGUUGGUCUUUACCCUUGUCGAGGCCUACUUCCUGCAGCGCACCGUCUUUGCAGAUGAGACGUUCCGCACCGUCGUGCUGGGUGCACUUGCCGUCAAUGUCUGCGGCAAGGGUGUCUAUAGCUUAGUCGUUUGGCCGUUCUUCUUGAACCCACUGCGCCAUUUACCCCAUGUCUCGGGUCUCAGGAGUCAUUCCAAAAUUAUCUUCGAUUCCCCACGAGGUCGCAUGCCCCUGCACUGGAUGAAAACCAUCCCCAAUGACGGCCUCAUCCACCUCCGCGACAUGAUCGGUCAAAGCUACCUUAUAGCGACCAACCACCAAGCACUCCUCGAUAUCAUGAGCACCAACACCUACGAUUUCGAGAAGCCCUGGCGAGCUCGUAACUUCCUCGCGAGGAUUUUGGGCUUUGGGCUGAUUCUGUCCGAGGGCGCGGCUCAUAAGAAGCAGCGCAAGGCGUUGACCCCCGCAUUUAAUAUUAAGAAUAUUCGGGCAAUGUAUUCGUUGAUGUGGGAUAAGACCAAUCAGUUGCUCGUGGAGCUGGAAAAAGAGUUGAAGAUGAAUCCGAUGGAUGGGACGAGUCCCGAGGAGGGCGUGGGGAAGUUGGAGAUGGGUGUCUGGGGCAGUCGCCUCACCCUCGAUAUCAUCGGUCCCGCCGCGAUGGGUCGUGACUUUCGCUCCCUGCAGAAUAGCGAUAACCCGGUCGCUGAGAGCUUCCUGCGUAUUUUGGAGCCGACAACUGAGAAGAUGGCCUUUUUGGCUAUGAACUUUACCCUGCCGCAAUGGAUCGCUCAGCGUGUGCCCUGGCGCUUGAACCAAGUCAUCGCCAACGAGACCGGCUUCCUGCGGAAUCUCUGCAACGACAUCGUUCGCGAGAAGCGAGAAAUGCUGGCUACUUCCAAGGCCUCGGCAAAGGAUCUCGAGGCUGACAUUCUCGGCACGAUGAUGUUGGGAGGAGACUUUAGUGACACCGAGCUCGUCGAUCAAAUGUUGACCUUCCUCGCUGCAGGGCAUGAAACCACCGCCGCGGCUUUAACCUGGGCCUGCUACCUGCUCACCCUCCACCCCGAAGUCCAAACCCGGCUUCGCACCGAAAUACGCACCAAAAUCCCCUCCGCCACUCACCCCAUCACGCACGCCGACCUCGAAUCCCUCCCCCUCCUCAACGGCGUCUGCCAAGAAGUCCUUCGCCUUUACCCAACCGUGCCCGUUACAAUCCGCGAAGCCAUCUGCAACACAACGGUUGCAGGCAAACACGUCCCCCGCGGAACCCGCCUGAUCCUGUGCCCCUACGCGAUCAACCGCGCCCCGAUCUUCUGGGGCGAGCACGGGGAGGAAUUUCUCCCCGAGCGAUGGAUUGAUACGGACAAAGCGGGGAACCAGAUUCCGAAUAAUAAUGGGGGUGCGUCGACGAACUUUGCGCAGAUUACGUUCUUGCACGGGCAGAGGGCGUGUAUUGGGAAGGAUUUUGCGAGGGCGGAGCUGAGGUGUGCCGUGGCGGGUGUGGUGGGCAGGUUUGCGUUUGAGAUGCAGGAUCCCAAGCAGGAGAUUCAUAUUGCGGGGGCGGUUACGACGAAGCCCGUUGAGGGGAUGAAUUUGAAGAUGUGGAGGGUUGAGGGGUGGUGAUUGUAGCAACAGGGGGAGGAGGGUGGGGAGGGGUAUGCUUGGGUUUUCGGCGUUGGAUAUGGGAUAUUGAUUGGCUAUAGUUUGAUGUCCUGAUGAAUUUGUUUGGAACAUGUAUAUAUUCCCUGGUGU